CAUGGUCAAUUCAUUUACGAUGAUGUAGAUACAUUUCUAUCAUACCAAUUACUCUCAUCUGUUCCUCACAUUCUCGUAUCUUUUGCUAUCCAGUUCGAGUUGUGUGACUUUUGAUGAGGACAUUACCUUUUUCCAAUUAACAUGAGACCAAUAGAUAACAAUCUAGUGGAUCCACAACACUCUUGGAAACCCCGCUUAACCACCAACAUCGCCAAUAAGGAUUCGCCAUCUCGAAAAUCUUAUCAGGCGGUGACGGUCGACAAACGACGAGAAUAUUGGAGUGCAUGAUCUUCUACUCGGCUUUAGGAAAAUGUUAUGAGGGGGUUUUCGCAUACGAGUUGUUAGUAUUUAAUCUGAACGAAUCAAGGAAAGGAGACCAGGUACACUACACGAUUGGAAUCAAGGAUACGGUUCAUUGAGGAUUCGAAACGAGGAAAGCGGUCACAAACUUUAUCACAAUGUGUGGGGUCAAACGCGUGUGCGCCGCGCAGAUGGAUGAGGAUUUUGGGGAUGGAAUGUCUCAAAUCAACACCAAAUAAAGGAGAAAUCGAACAAAACGAUUAGGAAAGGAAGGAAUCUACCAGCUGGAUGUUAUUUUGGGAAAGAUCCGGGGACUAGUUCAUCAAUACAUAUUCUAUCCGGGGGUGGUUUAAUGAUAAGCUCACAUCAUCUCAACAACUUUCUAGAUAUUUGGACGGCUAACUACGGCCAAUCCGAUGCCGGUCUGUCUCUCAGGGUUGUUUAUCUAGCAAAGGUAUUUAAUCUACACAUCGCCAAAUU